UCCGAAGUCGCUCUUGACUUGACUUAACCUACCGAAGUCUGUAGCGGGCGGUUGGGAGCAUCUCCGCUCUCAAAGCGCGAAAUGUCCAUACAUCACAGUCAAUGAUCUCGUUCCAUCAAGUCAAGAAACUUCAGUAGAGCGCGACGGCCUAGCGCGUCAUGCUCAUGACCGCGAUGCAUAGUCCCGUGAACGACUAGCGCGGCAAGGAUCGUGGGAAGUUCAUGUUCACAAGAACGCAUCUCAUCGUCAUUUGACUCUUGGAACGAUCAGCUGCUCAGCCUGCUUCCGCUUUGAUGUGUCUGCACUGGAUGAUCUUUGGGUGGCCGUCGUCUCGCUUAUCGGCACCUCCAGCGGCGAUGGAAUAUAAGAGUGUUUGGACACGUUAGAACAACCCACUACUACGCUCGCCAUGGCCGCCGCAGUCGCACCUCUCAUGCCCGCUUUUACUACGUUCGACAAACUGGAUGCUCCUCUCCAGCCUAUUGUUGAUGCACAGAAGGCUGUUCAUGGUACUGACACGUUGAAGCCCACUCUGCCGACCCUUGACAGGUUGGGUGCUUCUGUGCCUGACUCGGACAUUGACGUCGAGAAGAUCGCGUCUGAGUGGUUCAAGUCCUUCACCGAUUAUGUAUUAGCCGGUGAUGUCGAUGGCAUCAUGGGUCUCUUCCUUGAUGAUGGCUGGUGGCGCGACCUACUUGCUCUUACCUGGGAGUUCCGCACCUUUCACGGCGUGAGCAAGAUCAAGAAGUUUCUGCAGGACCAACUGCCCGUCAUGAAGUUGUCCUUACUCAAGCUACGCGAUGGCAAUACCGUAUUAAGGACGCCGUACCCUGAUCUCGCAUGGAUCCAAGCAUUCUUCGACUUCGACACCGAGGUCGGCAUCGGGCUCGGAAUAUUCCGCCUGGUACCGACUGCCGAUGGGACGUGGAAGGCGUUCACAAUGUAUACCAACCUCGAGGACCUGAAGGGCUUCCCGGAGAAGAUCGGCUUCAACCGUGAGUUCCUGCCCAACCAUGGCAAGUGGAAGGACCAGCGGGAGCGGGAGCGGUCUUUCGCCGACGGGGACCCUCAGGUCAUCGUUAUUGGCGGUGGACAGAGUGGCCUUGACGUCGCAGCGCGGUUGAAGCACUUGGACGUUCCGACACUGGUCAUCGAGAGACAAAACCGUAUCGGUGACCAGUGGAGAACGCGCUAUGAGGCUCUUUGCCUGCACGACCCCGUUUGGUACGACCACCUCCCAUACAUGCCAUUCCCGCCGUCAUGGCCGGUGUACACGCCAGCGCAGAAGCUGGCAAAUUGGCUCGAGUAUUAUGCCGAGGCCAUGGAGCUGAACGUCUGGACAUCGUCCGAGGUUUCGAACGUCAGAAAGGACGAUGACGGCAAGUGGAGCGUCACUGUGCGCAAGGGAGAUGGAACCGAGCGCACGUUCCACGUCGACCAUGUCAUCAUGGCAGUUGGCUUUGGUGGUGGCGUGCCAAAGGUCCCCGAUAUCCCUGGACGGGAUGAGUUCCAAGGCCAGGUCCUUCACUCAACGGAGCACAGGUCUGCGAAGGAUCACCUAGGAAAGAAGGUCGUCAUCGUCGGCGCAUGCACUUCAGCUCACGACAUUGCGGCGGACUAUGCCGAACACGGUGUCGAUGUCACCUUGUUCCAGCGAUCAGCUACCUACGUCAUGUCGACGAAGGAAGGCAUGCCAAGGCUAUUCCGUGAUUUGUAUUGGGAGGGCGCUGGUCCAGUGGAGGUCGCUGACCGCGUGCACACGUCAAUGCCUGUCUUCAUGAUGAAAGAAAUGCACAAACGCCUCACAAAGGAGAUCGCCCAAGCCGACAAGAAUAUUCUGGAUGGUCUGCAGAAAGUGGGCUUCAGGACCCACUUCGGCGAUGACGGCUCUGGGUUCCUCUACUCGGCGAUGACGCGCGGAGGUGGCUAUUAUCUCGACGUUGGAACCUGCAAGAAGAUUAUCAACGGCGAGAUCAAGAUCAAGAACGACGCACAAAUCGAGCGCUUUACCAAGAAUGGCCUCAGAUUCACGAAUGGCACCGAGCUCGAAUGCGACGUCGUCCUCUAUGCUACCGGGUUCGACGGUGCACAGAAGGCGAUCGACAGGCUUGUCGGACCCGAGCUUGCAUCCCAGGUGUCGCCCAUCUGGAACUUGAAUCAUGAGGGUGAGCAGCGUGGAUCGUGGCGAUGGCUCGGCGUGCCCAACCUGUGGUUCAUGACCGGAAAUUUGUCGAUGUGCCGCUUCCAUUCCAAACAUCUCGCUCUCCAGAUCAAAGCAAUACAGGAAGGCAUCCAUGGCAAGCGCUACGCUCCUUGAGAAGAUGCGCUACAUCAUCUUAGACGCCCUUUAAGCUGUAAGCAUACAGAAGAAGCGAAACGUAGUUUGAGUUUUUGUAAACCAAGCUGUAGAUCCUGUGAAGUUCAAAUUAGAAAUCUGAAGAUCUGAAGCGUCGU